AUGGGAUUGCUGGGGUAUUUCAAAGAUUCUCAACAGGUUUCCAAACAAGAUCUGGAGGCGAUCGAGCAGGUCGUCGAGCUCUGUGAUCGCCAAUGCGGUGAUUGCGAUGCAGAAGAGGGCGCUGCGGCCAUCGAACGAGGUGAAGCCAAAUUUGGAAAAUUGAAAAUCGAGCAUAACGCUUCGUUGUACGGGUCUUCCGAGACUGCCAAAAUCCAUUUUGUGGUACCCACAUCGCAAACAGAUUGGGCCCGCGACGCUUGUGAAGAAAAAAAGGGCUCUGUGCAAUACAAGAUCGCCAGAUGGAUCGACAAACAUGGAGCAGAUUACCCGCAGGGCACGGGCGACGCUAUCAAAUGUAGCGUUUCAUCGUUGCCCAUCGAUGCCAUGGACAUAGAUGUGAUGCGCGGCAUAAAAAACGACGUUCUCGUGCUACCACAUUUCUUAAAAAUCAAAGCUCUUUCAGCGUCAGAUGUAAAGUCUCAGCUCAACAAACUGGUUCCUCUGUUGCUUGCAAACGAGCGGGACCAGCUUUUGGCUCUCGAAAAUAUCGAAGAAGCCCGUGAAAACUCGUUUGUGUUUCUGUGCUCCCACAAGACCCGCGAUAAACGGUGCGGCAUCACAGCUCCCAUCUUGCAAAAACUGUUUCAUCAAGAGCUACAACCACACGGUCUAUAUCGCGACAACUCCGAUUUUCGGCCAGGUGGAUGCACAGUAGGUUUCGUGAACCAUGUAGGAGGCCAUAAAUUCGUCGCAAACGUGGUCCUGUAUCUGAAAUCUUCCCAUUCGCUCAUCUGGCUGGCCAGAGUAACUCCAAAAAACGUCCCCGCCAUUGUCAAUCUUAUGAUAGUUCCCGAAAAACCUCAGCUUCCGUGGCCCGAAAAGGUCAGGUGUGUUGAGCAAUACGCGGCGUGGUGA